CUGUAGUGGGGGGUUCGCUGCUGGGGACGGGAGAAUUCAGUGGGCUUUUCCAGAUAUUUCUUUUGGAACUCAAUGUAGAUUUCGCUCAGCUCUGCCUUUUGAUGUCAACUGUGCCAAUCGCCAUGGCUACCAAUGGAGAGGCUACAACACUUGCAAAACUUCUGCACCUGAUCUUCCUGGCCACGUUCUGGGGGAUGCAGAUUUGGGUGACAUUUGUAUCUGGUUUUAUCAUGGGCAGCAAUCUCACCAGACACACAUUUGGCUUCAUCCAGAGCAAACUCUUUCCAUCCUACUUUCAUCUCGGAUCUGCCUGUGCUUUCUUUAACUUAAUGAUCUUUGCAAUCCAUCAUCCCAGUGAGCAGUUAAAUCCAGAGGAGACAUUUCAGAUUAUAACUUUAUUCAUUUGUGUUACUUUUGCUGCACUCAAUGCUCAAUGGUUUGGGCAGAUAACUUCUGAAAUCAUGACUGACAUGCAUCUGAUUGAAAGGAGCUGUGGGCUCGGACAGGAUAUUGGAUUGUCUACCAACAGAGAGGCCUAUAACCAGUUGAAAGAGAGUAAACCCAAAUACAAGGAACUUGCAAAGCAACUUGCAAUGUAUCACAAUGCCUCCUCUUUAUGUAACCUGUGCUGUCUCAUUUGUAAUGGGAUAAGUUUGUACUACAUAGCAACCAAUUUAUCCACAUUAUAAAGAUGGUAAGAAUAAAAUAAUUGAAAUGAUGUCAUAUAAAGGUUAUUUUUGAACCAGAAUGUGAGGUGUAAGACACUUCGUAUUGUUGCUUGGUGAGCAGUAAACCAAAUGCACCUUUUGCACACUUAUGGAGUAAGUGUCAACAGCACCACCUAGAGUAGGUAAUCACACAAAUUAAAGAAAUCGACAUUUUUUUAUCUCCAUAUAUCUUACUGGUUAUAGGACAGUUAGGAUUAUUUGAGGUGGUGGAACUUCUGUCCAUCUUUAUCCUUGCUUGGCUAAUACAUAUUGACUUUAAUUCUUCCUACUUUCAAUUUAAUGGGACUAGGCAAGCAGUGAUAAACCCACUUGGGCCAUGCUAGAGAAUUCCUUCACUAUAUGUUAGAACUUUCUCAUGAACUGUUAUAAGUGUCUAUGUACACUGGUGACCAAUAUAUAAAGCUGGAAAUUUUCAAAUAGAAAGUUAGACUAUUUGAUUAGAAUAGUUCAUAUGUAAUAUGGUACUGGAAGAAACUACAGUGGUCCAUCUGGUUAGGCCUUAAUAAAACAUUGUUGGCUAUUGACAUUGGCAUCAGCACUAUGUGGUAGCUACAAUUUGAAAAAUGUACUGUACAAUUAUCUAUUCCACAUGUUCUGCAUAGGUCAACUUGUACAGUUUUUAAAUCAUUUAAAAUUAUGUAUAAUGAAUACAAUUUACCUGUUUUUCUGUUUAUUUGAAUAAAAAUUCAGUUAUAAGGUGUGGUGCAUGGAAAGAUUUACUGUUGUACAUAUUUUACAUUGUUUACCCACAUGAUAUAUAAUUUUGAUAUUGCUUCAGUUACACAAGUGUGGCAGAUUGGUUUAUACAGCAGGUCUAUGAAUGAGGUUUAUCUUUUUUGGUAACACUGCAAAGGUAGGAGUCAGAUUUGGAGGAUGGUGCAGCACAAAAAUAGGCUUUUCAUCCCAUUUUUGAAGAUAAAUUCUGCUAGUUGCCUCCUUGCAAUUUAAAUAUUCAUCAAACUCACUAUUCAAUGUCCAGCCAGGUAACCUUACAUUAGAACUGUUAUGACACAAUAUACUAUUAUCAAACUUAAUGUUAGCAUUGCUUUUUUUUUUCU